AUGGCGGGUUCCGAGCUCUCCCCCGAAUUAUAUGCAUCGAGAUUACUUGAUCCUAAUUCUGUCGAAGUCUAUCAAAAUGCAGAUUAUAAUCGUUUUCUCCAAGCUUUAAUGCCCGUGUUAACGAAAAUGCUAACGGAGGAACAACCCGUUUUUGAUAGCAAUUCCGAAGAACAGAAAGAAAAUGAGGAUAAUGCGGUUAUCUGCUUAAAAAUUAUUAUAGACUUGCACCGGAGUUAUAAACAUCAGUUAGUAGAUUUGGUCAAGCCUUUCUUAGACAUUGUCCAAGAAAUGUACAAGAAUAUGGAACAAACAGUAAAAGAUUCCUUUGAUUCACCAGGAAUUGCUGCCACGCCAAACGUUGGCACUGUAAGUACGCCAGUUCAACCGAUAGUACUUGUGCCACCUUCUUCACGUCCAUCGUCGCCUGUUUCAGACGUUACAACAAAUGAAACUACCCCAAAUAAAGUUUUAGCUGGAACUGAAGCACAAGAAGCGGCUAGAGCUAGAGGUGAAAUAUUUGUUGGUGUUGCACCAGGAAUUAGAGAUCGCGCGAAAUAUACAGAAUUCAUUAUAGCUCAAACAAUGUCUUUUUUGGCGUACGUUCUUCGUGCAUACACUCAUGCACUACAAGAAUACCAAAGUAUGAUACCUGAUUUUGUCAUACGAUUACUUCAAGAUUGUCCACCUGAGGCCUCGGCAACCAGAAAGGAAUUACUGGUCGCGACUCGACACAUUCUCUCAACCGAUUUUCGCUCCGCUUUUGUAAGCAAAAUUGAUAUUCUUCUUAAUGAGAAAGUUUUAAUUGGUAGUGGGGUUACAUCUCAUGAUACUCUUCGGCCUUUAGCGUAUAGUAUGUUGGCAGAUCUAGUCCACCAUGUACGGAAUGAACUUUCUCCGGUUCAACUUUCAAGAACUGUAUAUAUUUAUUCGCGUAAUUUGCACGAUCCAACUUUGGCUGCUAGUAUUCAAACUAUGUGCUCUAAACUUUUGCUAAACUUGACUGAAUGUAUUGUGAAGAUUCCUAAAAACGAUGGCAAAGAAGAAGAUUUGCUAAUCAAAAUUUUGGAUACUUUUGCCAACAAAUUUGUAACCCUGAAUUUGGUAUUUGCUGAUAUUCAGCGGCAACAACGAAAAAAGAAAGCUGCUGCUAGUGAUUCAAGUAUAACAGAAAAAAUUGAUGACUUUGAUUUUGAACAAGCGCGUCCUAUUAAUACGUCUACACCUAAUGGAAGAUUUCUGUUUAGAAAUCUAGUUACUGGUCUUAAACCAAUCAUUCAAUGGUUAAAAGAGUGCAAUCCACCACUUCCAAGCAAUUCUAAAGCCCCUAUUCAACAACCUAAUUCAGUUGCUCGUGGAUUUACUCAAGAACAAGUAGAUAUUUUUAUUCGUUUGUUUCGAGAGGGUGUACGUUGCUUUGACUAUUUCAACAUCGAUAAUGUGGAUACGAAUCAGGUCAAAUAUUCUGACAAGUUAACGCCGAUGGAGAUCCCCAGUAGGAUUGGUCCAUAUUCGAAAGUGGAAAAGGAAGCACUUGAACAUUUCAGUUCUGCUUUUGUAAUGGUAGAUCCUGCUAUAUUUCAGGAAAUUUUUGCUUCACAAAUGAAUUUUUUUUUCGAUCAAAUGUUGCAAAACACCUCUCUUCUUCAAAUACCUCAAUAUUUUUUAGCACAUAACGACGUAAUUUCUCAAAGCUUUGCAGGAAUUCUAUUGAGAUUCCUUGUAGAUAGGUUAGACAAGCUUGGGGGUCCUGAUCCUUUAUAUUCACAAGUAAUGCUUCGGUUAUUUAAACUAGCAUUCAUGGCUGUGACAUUAUUUCCAAAUCAUAAUGAAAGUGUGCUUCAUCCACAUCUUGCAAAUAUAAUAACGUCUUCAAUGAAACUUUCUGCAAAGGCUAAGGAACCGAUUAAUUAUUUCUUGCUUCUUAGAGCACUUUUUAGAAGCAUCGGUGGUGGUAGAUUUGAAACAUUGUAUAAAGAAGUCUUUCCAUUGUUGCAAGUGCUUCUGGAAGGGCUCAACUCACUAUUAUCACUAAUACAUAAACAACGCAUGCGAGAUUUAUUUGUUGAGCUCUGUCUUACUGUGCCUGUGAGACUUAGUGUACUUCUUCCUUUCCUUAGUUACUUAAUGAAGCCUCUUGUCUUGGCUUUACAGGCAGGCCCAGAAUUAGUUACACAAGGCCUUCGGACCUUAGAACUUUGCAUUGACAAUCUAACACCUGAAUUUUUGGAUCCUAUAAUGGCUCCGGUCAUUAAUGAUCUUAUGAAUGCACUCUGGAAACAUCUAAAACCAACACCGUAUAAUAAUACUCAUAGUCAUGUGGCUAUGAGGAUUUUAGGUAAAUUAGGAGGACGAAAUCGACGUAUGCUUAAAGAUCCUGCACAACUUAAUUAUUAUGCACCACCAUUGAACGGGAUUGAUUUGCAAAUUUAUUUUGAGCCGCAUGUAAAUCCACAUAAUUUAUCAUUGGACGAAGGUUUAGCACUUGCUGCAAGGGUUCUACAAGAUCCUAAUAUUACUCUUUUUUAUAAAAAAAAUGCGUAUAAAUUUUUGAUAGCUACUAUUCCCUUGUUUAUUAAUUUGGAUGAAGGACCAGAAAAUCUGGCUAUCUUAAUAACAGCAAGAGUUCAACAACAAUUGCUGCAAAAUAAUGAUGGAGAGGACAUGGAAAUAAUCCAAUCAAGCACGGAAAAUACGCAAGGUGAUAUUCCAAUUGUAACAGAUGAAUUUCGUGAACUUUCAAUAAACAAUAUGGCGAGCAAAGAAGGGCACAAACAAAUAUUAAAAAGAAAGGUUGUACAGGAGGAAACGCUGCAAAGUGUGAUAUAUUCUCUUUUUGUAGCAUCAUCAUUACCAGAUCUCAAAGAUCAAGCAUGGCCAUUUCUUGAAAAUAUUUGCCGACAUUUUGCAUUAUUAGAAGUUAGUGAAGCUUUAAAUUAUCGUUAUACAAGAGAAAAAAGGUUUGACUUUAAUGACGACGAAAAGCAAUAUAAUUUGGAGACCAAAGUAAUGGUGGAAGCUUUGGUAGAGGUCAUAACGUCAGAGAACACUAAUCUUAGUAAACUUGCUGAAACUGCUUUAACUUUAAUAUAUGAAACAUGUGUCAUUAUUACUGGUUCUAAGGACGCGCUUAUUCGCUUUCCAUUAUUUCAUGUAUUAGCAUCUCGUUUUUGUUCCUGUUGCUAUAAACAAGAAUGGUUUCGCAAGGAUGGAGGCUGCGCGGGCAUUUCGAUUCUCAGUUCUAAACUUGAUAUGGGUACUCAGUGGAUGUUAGAACAUGAAUUAGAAUUUGUUAGAUCUUUACUUUUUAUUUUAAAAGAUAUGUCUCCAGAGUUUGCGGCUGGUUAUGUUGAGAAUGCCUCUCAGACACUCUUACACGUUUUAACCGUUUGCAAUCAACAAGAACAAUCAGAAAGUCAUAGUGAAGAUAUUGAAAUGACAGAUUCAAAGGACGAGAGGCAGACAAAGUUUGACAAACUCAUUAAUCUACUAACUUCAGAGUUGUCUAAUGCAAAUUCUGCUGUAAGAGAAACAGUACAAGCAUCAUUUAAAAUAAUAGCUGAAUUGAAAAAAUGUAAUGUUACUGACUUGCUUUCUGGCGCACGAGACACAUUGCUUAGUCCCAUUUUUGGUAAACCACUUCGAGCCCACCCCGCCCCAAUGCAAAUCGGGCACAUUGAUGCAAUUACGUAUUGUUUGCAAUUACAACCUCCAUUAUUAGACUUUAGCAAUUAUGAAGAACUUGUUAGACUUUUGAAUGAAGCUUUAGCACUUGUAGAUGCCGAGGAUCAAGUUUUGACUGGUCGUUCAGCACAGUAUAAAGCUUCUACAGCUGGGAUUAAUCUUAGAAUAGUCUGUAUUAAAUUAUUGUCUGCAUCUAUGAUGCGUUCAGAUUCCUUUCCACAAACUACUGCAGUUGCUACUCGGACCCGUAUAAUUGGUGUUUUUUUCAAAUCAUUAUAUUCAAAAGCCCCAGAGGUAGUAGAUGUCGCGAAUAAAGGGCUUCAACAAGUUCUUCAACAACAGCACAAACUUCCUAAAGAUCUUUUACAGGCUGGUUUGAGACCUAUCUUAGUUAAUCUGUCAGAUCAUAAAAAGCUAACUGUAGCAGGACUUGAAGGUCUAGCUAGACUUCUUGAAUUGCUUACCAAUUAUUUUAAGGUUGAAAUUGGGAGAAAAUUACUCGACCAUCUUCGCCAAUGGGCUGAACCAUCAGUUCUACAAGAAGCUGCUGGCAAGCCACUUAUCGAAAUAGAAUCUAUUAAAAUUAUAGUUGCAAUUUUGAAUGUAUUCCAUCUUUUACCUCCAGCCGCCUAUGUCUUUCUGGACGACCUAGUUACCAUUGUAUUAGAUCUGGAAGAACAGCUACGUCGAUCCAUGUCCAGCCCUUUUCGUUUACCUCUUAUCAAAUUUUUGAAUCGUUAUUCAUCUAAUGCUAUUGAAUAUUUUUACGAAAAAGUUGGCAAUGAUAAAUUUACUCGAUUAUUUAUAAAUCUUUUGGGGAAUGACGAAGCUACUCAACUCAGAGAAGAUAUUAUGAAAAAUCCAUCACAGUUAAUCGAUAAAACUUCCAAUAUUCAGGACUUGGAUAAUGCAGAUGAGGUGAAAUUUCAGAGAAUUGUUAUUAUUCUAGAGAUUGUAAAGUUUCAUCCUAGCUGGUUGGUUGAACCUACUUCCGAACCUAUUCUUCAAUGCAUCAAAGAAGCAUGGAAUGAUCCAGGGCGUCUGGAAAGAUUGAAACGAGAGGAUACUUUAAGCUUGUCUCAAUGUCGUGAAUCCAAAUAUCUUGUUGAGAUCUUUAUCUAUUAUCUGAAAGAAAAUCCAGAUGAUAUUGAUUUGUUGUUCGAAUUAGUUACUAUAUUUUCUUAUGAAAGUGUAAUUGACUAUACAUUCUUAAAAAAAUUUUAUCAAGAAGAAGUAGCAAUGAAAUAUAGUGUAACACAAAAAAGAGCUAUUCUUGACAAGUUUUUGGAUAGUUUCAUGGAUCCUUUGAUUCCUGCUAAUAUUAAAAUGCAAUCUUUGAAAGUUAUUAUUACUCCAAUGCUUUUGUUUGCAUUUAACAAAGGACAAGAGCAUGAGCAGAUUAUUGGAACUGUUCAAAUGGAUAGAAUCCAAAAUAUUUGGCGUUAUCUAGCCGAGACUCAUGAUGAAAUUGAAGAUUCUUUACGUAUUGAGGUUCUGCAAUUUUCAACGCUUCUUGUGCAACGUGUACCACAUCUUAUUAGUGUACGAAGUGACCUUGCAAAAAUGGGUUGGAAUUGGUCCAGGGCUGAUGAUAUAACUGCUAAACAAACUGCAUUUGUCUUUUUGGCCCAAAUAUUUGCUGAAUUUAAUUCUGUUAAUUCAAAAAUUUUAUUUCAAUCUUAUUUUGCACUUUUAAGAGCGCAUCAACUAGAAGCAAGAACAUUAGUUAAGCAAGCUUUAGAUAUUCUUGUACCUGUGAUUCCAAACUUAAGAACUCAGCAUCCGCUUCCUUCUAAAGAAUCAUUUGAUGAAUCCAAGAAAGAUUCCAAAAAUAAAAAAGCUCCAACUCCAACUUGGAUUCAAUACGCGAAAAAAGUUUUACUGGAGGAUGGGCACAGUGUUUCUCAAUUAGUCAAUGUUUACCAAUUGUUAGUGCGUCAUCCUGAUUUGUUUUAUGAACAUAGAGAGCAUUUCAUGUCACAAAUUGCAAAUACAUUGACAAGAUUAGGAUUACUUCAAAGUGCUACUGCUGAGACGCGACUUCUAACCAUAGAUCUAUCUGAAUUAAUAUUAAAAUGGGAAAAACGUAGAAUUUCUGAAAAUCGUAUACCGGAGCAAUCAAGUGCGGUGUCAACUCCUGCUAUGACGCCGGACAAGCGUCGCAUUGACUCAGAACCUGACAAUUCUCCACGUAAACGAAUGUUGAUUGAACAUGGUGGCGAAUAUAGAAGUGUCAUUGCAGAACAAAACCAAAAAUAUACCCCGAACAUAAAUCUACGAGAAAGUAUUGUUGGAUACCUUACUCGAUUUGUGUGUACAUCCGCCGAAUCUGUUAGUAAAACUGGAUUGGCUCGUCGUGCUUUAGAAUUAAUAAAAGAAUUUUUACUUCCUGACUUUUGGCCCGAGGUCAACGUAAAGCUUUCUACCUUUGAUAGAACACUCAAAUAUACAGAAGUCAACCAAAGUAUACUUAAUAGUGUGUGCAAUAGUCUGGAAGUUUUAAAUGUAAUACUUGAGAGAAAACCAGCAGAUUGGUGCCUUGCAAAUAUUGUACAUCUUCAACAACUAUUGGAGCAUAGUAUCGGAAGCACACAAAUAAAGAUUCAAGAAUGUCUCCAUCCAGUACUUGUUCAUAUAUACAAAUCCUUGGCGCCUCCACCAUUUGAUGAAGCCAUUACUCCCUUAAAUCCAGAGCAGCAGCCAUCUUCACCUGAUACUGAAGUUGAAAAUUUUAUUAAAAUUAUCCACACUACAAUUCAAGAAGCUCUUCAAAAUAUGAAUAAUUUAUAUACCGCAAUGAUGUUAUUAAAAUCCGUGGGUUGCAAUACUCCAAAAAACAUUGAUCCUUUUCUAACAGGAAUUAUUCAAGUUAUACAAAAACUUAUUAAAGAUUUACAGCAGAAUGCUUCCACCAGCAACAGUAAUUCAAAUGGUCCACAGCCACCUGAUUCUCCGAUCAGCAUUCUUAUAAUGGCGUUGCAACUUGUAAAUUCACGAGUUUCAGAGUUGACCGAUCAAAGACCAAUUUUCCUUUCAGCACUUUCCCAGCUAAUAGAAAAAACUAAUAAUUAUGAACUUUCUCGGACAAUUUUUGAAGUGGUUAAAGAAUGGGUUGUCAGUAAAUUGGAACCUUUUCCUACUUUGGAGGAAAAGUCAGACUUACUUGUCAAAAUGUUAUGUUUUGAAUCUUUAGAUGAUAAGACUUUGAUUGAAGAUUUUUUGAACCUUGUCAUCUCAAUAUAUAGUGAUCCUUCUUUUACUAGAUCUGACAUGACAGUAAAGUUAGAAAAAGCAUUUUUAAUUGGCACCCGUUAUAAUAAUCCAAAAAUCAGAAAUCGUUUUAUGGAAAUAUUUGACCGUAGUAUGACUCGGCUAUUGUCAACACGUCUUUCAUAUAUAAUAUCAGAACAAAACUGGGAGUUUUUAGCAAACUAUUUUUGGCUUCAUCAAGCUUUAGAUGUUCUUUUGGGUUCUGUUUCGUUUAAGAAAAGGAUUCAGCCACCAACAUAUAGCCUGCAAACUAAAUCUAUCACGACCUUUGGAGAGUGUUCGAAUUUAUCAUCAUUUACUCCUAGUAAUGAACUUGAAGAAUUUUUGGUGAAACAUCGAGAAUUUUUGCGUUAUUUGAAAAAAUUACGUGUCAGCGAUCUAUUACCACAUUUGAAACAGUUACACUAUUUAGAUGAUAAUUUAGCAUAUAAAUUGUGGGUAGGACUUUUUCCCUUUUGCUGGGCCACUAUUCCUUCUAAGGAACGACAAGAUUUGUCUAAUAAUCUGAUAGCGCUAUUGUCAAAAGAUUAUCACGCAACACAAUCAGAAUUAAGACCGAAUUGCAUACAAGCGUUAUUGGAAGGUAUAUCACGCUGUUUGCCUACCAUCAGACUACCACCACAUUUAGUAAAAUUCCUUGGAAAGUCUCAUGGCACCUGGCAUACGGCUAUGGAAAUUCUCCAGACCACUUUUGAAGGCAUCAAAGAAGACGAUAAGUUUAAAGAAAGCACUUUAGAUGCGUUAGCUGAUUUGUAUUCAACCCUAUCAGAGGAUGAUAUGUUCUAUGGCCUGUGGAAACGACGAUGUAAAUUUCCAGAUACACAUACUGCAAUAUCAUACGAACAAUGUGGAAACUGGACACAGGCGUUGGUUGCAUAUGAGAACGCGCAAACAAAAUCACGAUCAAUGGGUUCUCCAUGUACUGAGUCAGAAUAUUUAUUGUGGGAAGAUCAUUGGGUCACAUGCUCUCAAAAGUUACAACAGUGGGACAUUCUCAUUGACUUUGCCAAAAAUGAGAAUAAUAUAGACUUAAUGUUUGAGAGUGCUUUCCGUUUAAUAGACUUAGCUACUGAAAAAGAGUUUUUCGAGCAAAAUGUUCAAGCAUUUAUGGAGUCACAUCAAAAUCCCAGACGAAAAAUGUUUGAGGCAUUCAUGAAUUUAAUGAAAUCUCAACAAUCAAACAAUUAUGAUGAUUUUAAAAAAAUUUCCGAAGAAGCCCAUCAAUCAGCUUUACGAAAAUGGCAUACACUUCCAAACGUAGUUUCACAAAGCCACAUCCCUUUACUUCACUCAUUCCAACUCUUGGUUGAAUUUGACGAUGCUACAAGAAUGUUUUCAUCCUUAGCCGAUAUUAGUCACCAAAAUGCUGAUACUAAAGCUAGUGAAUUAAAAAGUGUAUUGCAAAGCUGGCGAGAACGAUUACCAAAUAUGUGGGACGAUAUAAAUGUGUGGAGCGAUAUUGUUGCUUGGAGACGUCAUGUUUUUAAUGUAAUAAAUAAAUCAUUUUCACAAUUUCAAGCCCAGAACACAACUAAUACCAUGGCAAAUACCAAUUAUCCAUUCCGUGGACAUCACGAAACAGCGUGGACUAUCAAUAGAUUCGCACAUGUCGCGAGAAAGCAUCAACUUUCCGAAGUGUGCAUCAACUUUUUACAACUAAUUUAUAAUUUACCGAACAUUGAAAUACAAGAAGCAUUUUUGAAGUUAACCGAGCAAACUAAAUGUCAUUAUCAAAACCCGAGCGAAGUAGCUAAUGCUCUAGAUGUUAUAAACAAUACUAAUCUUAAUUAUUUUGGGUCUCAACAAAAGGCUGAAUUCCAUACUUUACGUGGAAUGAUACAGGCCAAAUUGGGUAGAGACCCUGAGGCUAAUGAUAGCUUUUCACGGGCUGUGCAAGUGGAUAUGCGCCUUCCUAAAGCCUGGGCUGCAUGGGGACAUUAUUAUGAUAAUAAAUUUAAAGCAAAUCCCGACGAAACUACCUUCGCUGCUAAUGCUUUGAGUUGUUAUUUACAGGCAGCCGGCCUUUAUAACAAUCCUAAGUCUAGAAAACUUCUAGUUCGCAUUUUAUGGCUUUUGUCUGUUGAUGAUGAUAAAGGACAUAUUUCUCGAGUAUUUGAGACUUAUAAUAGUAAGAGUGAAGUUCCGGCCUUGCACUUCCAAUUACGAACAGCCCGAGACGAAUCCAUGAUGAUUAAAAGGCAGCAACAGGCUCAACAGGCUCGUGCAGGACAAAUGUCAUCUUCGAUUAUUAAUACUUCAGGAGCUCCACAAAUGUCUCAAUCCGUUUCCGGUAGUGAAGGAGUAAAUACAAAUGUAAUUGUAAAUGGAAAUAGCCACAGGCCAAUACAAGUGAGCCCAGAGCAAUCUAGUCCUAGUCAAGCAAGUUCUGGCCAAAUGAGCCCUCAGGCGAUAAACUUUUCUCGAUCGAGUCCCAUGCCAUCACAACCUCCUCAGAGUCCCGCAAUGCAAAUUGGAAGCAAUGGUAAUAAUGUUAUUAAUGGAACAAUUAAUCAUAUGCCGUCAUCCUUGCCUAAUACUCCACACAACAUGCAAAGUAUGAAUGGAAUUCAUAACGGAAUGUCUUCAAGUGUGCCAGGUACGCCAUUAAGUGGCCAUGCACCUACUACACCAACGAAUGGAAUAAUACAUAAUACACCCAUUACUCCUACAAAUGUAUCUCAAAAUCCGCUUCCCUCAACUCCAACCAAUAACGCUGAUGGACGAUCUCCAAUUACUCCUGGUCUUGGAAUGAAUACGAAUCAUCAUGUGUUACCAAAUCUUGCACAUACACCACAAUCUCAACAAGCAUCAAAGCAACCAUGGGAACAUACUGAGGAUGUCAUGUCAAUUUUAAAAACAUCAUUUCCAUUACUUGCUUUAUCAAUCGAAACUAUGGUGGACCAGAUCCAGCAACAAAGUCGCAAGCGUAAUCUUUCCUUCCAUCUUCCUUUGAUUAUUCCAUUAGGACCUCAGAUUAGGAUUGUUCAGGACGAUCCCUCAUAUUGUUCGUUGCAAGAAGUUUACGAAGAUCAUUGCGACGUUACCGGAAUUUCUAAAGAUGAAGCCAUAAUAUAUUAUACAAAUAAGAUGAGAGCCAACAUGUCUCAUAUUCAAACGGCAAAGGACAUAGGAAACUUGAGAGUUGAAAUUGCUGAACAAAUUGCGGCUAAAUUUAUUCCAAAUGAACUAAUUACUUGGCACUUCAUGGUCCAAAGACCUGUUAACGAACAAAAUCUUCGACAAAAAGUAGCGCUAAAUGUGGAACAAAUUGUUAAUAAGGCUCAAGCUAUUGGGGGCAUUGAUGUAGAACGGGAAAAG